ACGGUGACUCACAACAUCCGGUUAAUCCUGGAAACCACUGUAUCCUGGCAGAGGGAGAAACGACCUUGCAAAAUUACAAGACUGCUGCAUCAAACAUUUAUCCUGUGCCGAAGAACUGCCCUGUGUUGGUUCUCUAGCUGCGUACAUUUAGUACGAUUACAUGUCAUGUUCGACUUUUUUCUGCCGAUAUGACGUCAGGAAAGAAUCGCUUUAACCCAACGGUCACGGUCGACGAAUAUCUCGCUGAGAGUAACGUGUUGUUCUACCUGAGUGAUGCACUGAUCCAGCUGCUGGAACAUAAAGAGGAAUACACCAAUUUUGGCAUUAUCCGCUACUUCGCUGAAUAUUUCAGCAGCGUGAAGAAUAGCAACCACGUCCUCUUCAGAGAGUUUAACUACAUCAAAGCCACUCCCCAUAACAGAGCCUCAUUCAUCAGAGUCUUCUGGAGAUGCUACCGACAGAUUGGCAAGAGUGGAGAUCUGCUGUCGAUUUUGGAGUACAGCUCCCUGCUCCAGUUGCUAUGUCCAGACUUCCCAGUGGAGAUCGUAAAGAGUGCAGCCAGAAUUGUUUUGAUGGAUGAUGGUACAGACUGCUUGAUGUCUUUCUCUGACUUCCUUUACGCCUUCCAGCUGCAAUUCUACUACCAAGAAUUCCUGGAUAGUGUGCUGCUGAUCUACCAGGAUCUGUUAGCUGGGAAGAGUCCAAACACCGUCAUUGUCCCCACAUCAGCUUCUGUCGAACAGCUUCCUUGCUUGGCCACAGAGGAAAAUAAAAAGGAGCAAGAUACAGCGGUGGAGGCAUCCACUUUGGCUGAGUGUAUAGAUCCACUCAUUGACCGCAUUAAAAACAGCCAUCCUCCCAGGUCCUGUUUACAAGAAGCCCUAGAAGAGAAUGGCAAGGUGUCAUACUACAGCUUACUGAUGAGCCUGGCUAAACAUGAAACCAUAAACCAAACUAUUGGAGCCUUACCCAGUAAGACAGAAGUACUGAAUGAUCCAGAGAUGGACCAGGAACUGGACAAACUCAUCGCCCAGAUCUCAGUCAGCCCCAGCAGCAACAGCAGUGGCAGUGCAGUGGGGAUGGUGAAGGAGGUGCAAAGAAAGGCCUCCCCCAGAAGGAACAUCCACCACAGGAGGAAGAUGGAGGUUGAGAGUGAUGGCUCUACAGAGGAGACUGACUCUUCUGAAAACUGACCUUUCACCUUCCAUCAUGGUUCUGUUAUGAUAGACGACAAACUUUCUUGCCUGCGUAAACUCACACCAGUUAGUUUCAUUCCUAUGUAGCGUGGUGGCAUGCAAAUACUCGAACCUCUAAUUUAAGAAAGAAGUAUGACAAGAAGAGCUAACUGAACAAAUGUUGUGUAUUGUUAAAUUGUUUUACAGCAGUGACUACAAGGUUUUAUCCUCUUAUCUGCUGUCCUUUAACAAUACACUGAAUUACAUCAUGCCAUAUAUUUAUUUUGGGGUAUUGGACUGAUCAAGCUAUUAAAGAUGUAACUGUGA